CGGCUGCCGGGCCCUCAGGCGCGGGCGGGGCCCGGCCCCGAGCCGGCGCGCGCCGGUGCCAUGACGUGCGGGGCCGGACCCGGGGGAGCGCGGGCCGCGGGAAGAGACCCCCGCAAAAAGGGCGCGGGCGCGGAACCCCCCAAGCCAGAAGCGGCGCGCGGGCGUCUCCCCCUCCCCCCGCCGGCGGGAGACCCUCGACAGUCUGGGCGCCGGGGCUGCGCUGGGGUCCGAACUGGGGGGGCGGGGGGAGGGUGCAAGCCGCAAGGGAGGCCAGAGCUCGGCGGGCAGAGAUUCUUGUCAAUUGGGUUUUCGCGCCGUCCGGGAGCGCCGGAAGCGAGGGCGGGGCAUUCACGCAACGUCCGGGGACGGGGAAAGGACGGCGGCCCGCGAGGGCCACAAACCUGGCGCGGGGAACGCCGGCUAGCCUCGCCGUCAGUCAGCUUCGAUCUCAGUCUCUAGGCUCAGGCGCCCGCUGCGGGGCUAGGGCAAAGGGAACCUGGAGCCAGCUGGCCCAACCCCCUCAUUUAGAGAGGAGGAAACUGAGCCCCGAGGACUUACGUGCCUCUCCUAUAGCAAGUGCCUGAGGCUGGAAGGAAGCCGGCCGGCUGCGGGGCGUGGGCCCGGAGACCCAGAGGGUCCAGCCUUCCACCCUGCCUGGCAGAGGGGCGGCUGCCGCCCGGGACCGUGUGGACCAGCUGCCAGCUCUCCUCUAAUGGAUGUGUGGAUUCUUCGUGAGAUAUUAAAAAGAAAGGAUCAGCCAGACGGAAGGAAAUCAAGAUUUCUAUCCUGUUACUAUUUCAGAGCAAUAUUUCAUUUUCUUUUUCUAUACCCUGAGAUCAGUAUUGAAUUGGGCGGUGCCCCCACAUCAGGAGCUGUGUGUGCUGGGACUGGAAGAACUGGGAGACCCGUUGAAGAGUUUGAAGGCAAGUUAUUUCUGUUAAGCUCACUGAAGCAUUUGGGGAAGUCAGCUCACUGGAAGGCCUCUAAUGAAAUCAGCUGCCUGAUAAUAGUCAAAUUAUUAUUUUAAAUUUGUUUUAAUUCUGAAUAUAAACAACAAAUAUAUGCAUCAGGAGACCAAAAAAAGGGAUUCUCUAUGAAACUGCAAAUCUCCAUUUCGUAAGCUUGCUUUUCUUUAAGCAUAUAAUAAAUUCCACAAGAUAUUUUCAAAACUGUCCUGCUUGUACCUCCAUCUGAAGUGCACUUCCUUAUGUUUUCAUCUCUGCAUUUAAAAAAAACUUUCCGUGGUCUUCUUAUUUUUGGCAUAAUAUUGCUAACCCUGCAUUUAUUCCCCAGAUGAAAACAGAGAGAAAAUGGAAGAAUAGCAGGAAAUGCAGUGAGCUGCCUAACCAAGUUCCUCCACAAAAAUCUAGAAAAUACACCAGAACAAAUCCUAAACACAGGUCAAGAACGUGCCAGGCUCAGAUAGGGGGAGAGUGAUCUGACUUUGCCCUGGAUCAAACUACUUUGGGAGUGCUCAAGAGUGUUUAGGUGCCCAGCCUGAGCUGCCCCUGAGAUCCUAGAAUAACCUAAUACUCAAUACUCCAAGAAAGCAGCAGCAGAACCCAAGAGGACACAGGCUUGGCCCAGACAUUUCCUCCAGAAUUGUGAGAGUUUGACCCUAACAAAGUCUAAAGUAAGGAAGUAGGCUGAAAGAAUGAUUGAACAAAAAAGAAUCUUCCCAUAAAAAGAUAUUAAGGUGAACAGAAUGUUUAGGGAGCCAACCCAAAAGAAGAUGAUGGCUCUAACACAGGGGUGGGGAACCUGGGGCUUCAAGGCCACAUGUGACCCUCUAAGUCCUCAAGUUGGGCCUUUUGACUGAAUCCAGUCCCCACCCCUGCUCCAGAGCAUCUAUAAGAAAAAAAACAUACCUUAGGCAAAAGUUCAACUAUAAUUCAUGGGAAAUAUGAAGCAAAGUGGUUUUUUUUAAACAAAUGUUUUUUGAAAGUGUUUUAAAAUGUUUUUAUAAAUGAAAUGAGAAUGCCAGAGGGGGGAAAAUGGAAAAAAAAGAACAAUUCAAGAAAGAAUCGGAAGGGGCAUGAACAACUACACA